CUCGUUUCCUGCGGCUCCCGAUCCAAGGAGCUCCGGAGCCGUGAGGAGCUUCAGGCUGGAGAGAAAAUCAAAGCUGCUCCCGAGGAUGAGCGCCGCGAUCCUGCUGCUCCUGCUUUCCGCCGGGAACGCCGGAUCCCAGCCGGAGAAGGCGCUGCCCAGGCGGCGCCUGGCGUGCGUGAGGUGCUGCGGGCCCUCGGAGCAGCCCGUCUCCAUCCUCUCCCAAAGGUCGGCCAGGAUGAGCGGCCACCCCGAAUAUUCCGUGCCCAAAAUCCAGCCCACCAUCGACAUCACCAUCCUCAAAGGCGAGAAGGGCGAGAUGGGCGAGAGGGGAUUCCCUGGAGCCGCCGGGAAGGCGGGAGAGCGAGGAUCCCGCGGCCUGAGUGGCCGGAAGGGCCAGAAGGGCCAGCCCGGCCCCCAGGGCCACUCCUGCAAGCAGCUCUUCGCCGCCUUCUCCGUGGGCCGCCGGAAGCCCCUGCACAGCUCCGACUACUUCCAGCACGUCACCUUCGACACGGAAUUCGUCAACCUCUACCAGCACUUCAACAUGUUCUCCGGGAAGUUCUUCUGCUACGUCCCGGGGAUUUACUACUUCAGCCUCAACGUGCACACCUGGAAUUUCAAGGAGACCUACGUGCACCUGAUGAGGAACGAGCAGGCCGCGGCCAUCCUGUACGCCCAGCCCAGCGACAGGAGCAUCAUGCAGAGCCAGAGCCUGAUGCUGGAUCUGCAGGAAGGCGACGAGGUCUGGAUCCGGAUGUUCAAGAGGGAGAGGGAAAACGCCAUUUACAGCGAGGAGUCGGAUGUUUACGUCAUCUUCAACGGGCACCUGGUCAAACCCGCCCUGGAGUAGGAGCUCCUCAGCUCCAGGGCAAAGCUUUGGGCCAUCCAGCAGUGUCUUCCCUCUAGAAGUGCAUCUUGAAUUCCCAUCUGGAAUGGUUGUAGCCCUGGAAGAGCUGUUUCGCCGCAUCUGUGCGGAUCCAAGCUGCGCAAGAAUUCCGGAAGGUUCCCAGCUCCCUUUGUGGCCCCUCGGGAGCAUCCCUGGGGUUUGUCCGUUUGACAGCAAAAAAUUCCCCCUCUUUCCCUGCGUCUCCCGUUCCAUUUGGGAUAUUUGCAGCCCUUGGAAGGGUGGUUUUUCCACUCAUUUAUGGAUGGAGGGAACUGUUCCAACUGCACAAGAAUUCCACAAGUUUUCCAACUCUCUGCGUAGCCCCUCAGGAACAUCCCUGAAGAGUUGCCAAGUUGGCAACAAAAAAUUUCCCUUCUUUCCCUGCAUCUCCCAUUCCGUGUGGAAUAUUUGUAGCCCUUGGAAGGGUGGUUUUCCA